UGAGCCCAGCGGAAAGAUGUUUUCGAUGGACUCUUUCGACUUCGAGGCGGUUAUGAGCCGCCAUCUGUUCGAGGGACCGUCGGUUCAUCAACAGCAGCAGCAUCAGCAGCAGCAACCGUUGCAUCAUUUACAGCAACAUACGUUGCUGCUGGAGGACGAUCACAGUUUGCAUACGAAUACGCUGCAUCACAAUCAUCACCAUCAGCAGUCUCAUCAGCAACAGCAUCUGCUACAGCAGCAGCAACAGACACCGCAUCAGCAACAGCAACAUUUGCAGCAUCAGCAUCAGCAUCAUCAUCUGCAUCAGGCAAACAAUGUGGAUUCGACCACCUCGAACAGUUCGGAUUUCUUCCUCGGCGAUGACGAAAACAGCACGGACAGUGAAUCGUACUGUGGUUUCAACAGCGACCAGGAGAAUAAUGAUUCAAUUAAAGAGAUCUACGGUAAUCGAUCGUCAAAGUACCGGCGGCCAAAGUGCGCCUCACAGCAGGCUCAGCAACGGCAGGCGGCGAAUCUUCGCGAGCGUCGCAGGAUGCAGAGCAUCAACGAGGCAUUCGAGGGUUUGCGGACCCACAUUCCAACCCUGCCGUACGAGAAGCGGCUCAGCAAGGUGGACACACUGAAGCUGGCCAUCAGCUACAUCUCGUUUUUGGGAGAAAUGCUGCGGAAGGAUAAGAACGGCAACGAACCGGGCACGAACGGUGUCAAGCGGCUUCCGGUCAAGGAACCACCGAAGAAGUUUAUCGUGCGAGGUGGUAGCGGCCAGACCCAUUCGUUAUCCUGGCACCGGAAGGGCGAUCGCAACGCAAACGGGCGCUACUUUGCGCGCAUUUGGCGACCGGAGGAUCCGCGGAGCAACAACCAUCGCAACGUGACCGCCGGCGGUGGACCCUCGACCUACGCAUCGAAUGGCAUCUGUUGAUCAGGGGAAAAUGGAACUAUGUGCAACUGAAAGAAUCGCAACAAAAGGCAACAACCUUUUCGGA